AUGUCUACCACCAACAGCACACAGACGAGUGUGUCUUGCACGCUCGAUACAUGCCCACUAUCCAUGGGCAUAAUUACAUACCAACCCAACAUCGGCGGCAAUGCGUUAUUCCUUUCGAUCUUCGGCACCUUGUUUCUCGUGCAGCUGUACUUUGGCAUCCGACGCAAAACCUGGAGCUACCUGGCGGCCAUGGUAUUAGGUUUGGUCACCGAGGGCGUUGGAUACAUUGGACGUUUACAACUCCACAACGACCCUUUCAACUUCAACUAUUUUCUCGUGUAUCUCGUUUGCCUAACCAUCGGACCAGCGUUCCUCACAGCCGCCAUCUACAUCACAUUCGCCCGCGUCGCGUACUCCUGCGAUGAAAGCCUCCUAUGGGUCCGAUCGAAGACAAUAUCCAUCAUAUUCAUGACAUGCGACUUUAUAUGUCUAGUGUUACAGGCCACUGGGGGCGCGAUCACUUCGACAUCAGGGGGCAUGACCCAAGAGGCACUAGAUAUGAGACAGACGGGCGUGAAUGUCAUGAUCGGCGGGCUGUCGUUCCAAGUCGUGUCUCUCUUCUCGUUUAUACUCUAUGCUGCUAUUUACGCGUGGAGAUGGCACUCUGCAACUAAGUUCGACUCUUACCACGUUCGCAUACCACCCACUCAUUCAGGUUUCCGGUGGAAGAGUAUGAUCUAUGGUCUUGCGAUCGCGUCGGGUACCAUUUUCGUGAGAUGUAUUUUCCGUGUUGCCGAAUUAAAGGAUGGUUUUGGCAGCUCACUCGCCAACGACGAAGUGGCAUUCAUGAUUUUGGAAGGCACCAUGAUCGCCAUUGCGAGUAUCUGCUUGACUGUCGGACAUCCCGGCUUGUGUCUCGACAUUGAGUGGAGGCUCCCAAAGCAGGUGCUGCAAAAGGUUCGAGAUGACAGUUCAAACCUGGAGUUGGAAAAUGUUCACGUCUCCGAGUAA